AUGCAUCAUCUUGGCUCGAUAACGUUAUCUCCAAUUUUAUCCACCUUUUCUUCAUGUGAAGAUUUGCAUACCUUUCUUGAAUAUGGCAGAAGACAGAGUUUGUUUGAACCUGGGAUUAGAGAAGACAAAAGAAACUGUUACGUCAAUCAUUUAGACCAUCCAGAUAUUUUCAAAGUUGUCUUUGUGAUGAGGUUAGCACUUUCAAGAAACGCAAGAGAAUUGGUGAAAGAAAAACUUGAUCCAACCAUUCACAAUCAUCUCUAUGUCAUUGGAAUGACCAUUGAUGGAGCUAAGACAAAUCUGUACUCUAUGCAUGGUAGUAUUAUUGACAAGGAUAAGAGUUUAACCUAUCCCUUAUUCUAUUUGGGAAGCUUUCAACAUACUGACAUUGGAGAAAGAGAAAAAUUAGUUGAUUUUUUACUUCGCUCAUUCUUGGUUCCAGAUGUACAAGCUGUUGAAGAGUAUUUGAAACAUUCAAAACCCUCAGUCAAAGAACCAUCGACAUAA